UCGUAUUCGACUGUGACCUGCCUGCUAUGAGUUUUUCCUACAUUUCCCAUGAUUCCAUACGCCGGAACAGGCGGGACAACGCGGAAGCAAGUAUGCGACGAGUGAGCCGUCAUGCCUGUGAGGAAGGCCCACUGCUGGAGGAGCAGGAGACAGAGGGCCAGCGGCGGCUGCACAGCCUCCUGUUACAACAGCUACACACUGAUGUCAACAUCGACCAAUGCGUAGCCAAGCGACAGUGUUUCGCCCCGGCGGCACUGUACAGGCCAUUUGGUGAGCAGGCGGCUGGCGUGCGGAGCCUCUCCCAGUUUCAGGCUCUGCAGGACGGGGAGAAGGAGCUGGCCAGCCUGAGGGAGCUCGGCCUCACCGACGCCGAGAUCCAGCUGUGGCAGAGCCAAGAUGACCCUAACGCAACGGACAAGUCCCGUGGUGUGUGUGUGGCUCCCGGGGCAAAACAGCAGCGCCUGCAGGCCAUCAGAGACAAGAUAGAGGCGCGGGCGGAGCUCCUGUCUCGCCCACAGCGCUUCUCCGCCAGCCGGCCUCUGUCCCGCAGGGAGAUUGAGAUCGAGCGGGCGCUGUUCCAGGGCAGCGACCGCCUCGGCUUCCUCACCGCACUUUACCAUCGAGAUGAAGACAACCAGGACAGCCAGCAGGGGGCGUCCUCCUCCGAUCCAAUGGACUCUCUGUACAGAGACGUUCUCAGCGAGGACAGACAACAGGCUUCACCGCAGGACUCACAGGGAGAAACUGAUGCACCACCAAACGUGUCUACACCUGGUGCUGCUUCUCACCAAUCACAAAGCUCACAGAAAGACACAAGCCAAUCACAGCCGUCACAGAAACAUGCUGACCAAUCAGAAGGCUCUGCUUAUUGUCAGCCAGAACCGCUGGGCAAAGAAGAAAACGGAUUAUCUGGCCAAUUGGAAUCAAGUGCGGACCCCACAGACCAGCCUCACACUCAGGACAGACAGCAGCAGACGCAGCUGGCUGCUCCAAAACAGAUCAACGUGAACCAGCCAAUCGGCAGCCUGCGCGCAGUGAAGGAGGCGGGGCAAGGUGGACCGCUGACCAUCAGAGGGGCGAUAGAGAACAUUCCCGAUGAGGAAAUCCUGAAGAAUCGGGAAUCUAUGGAAGGGAUCCGGAGUAUCCCGAGAUUCUGCAACUACCAGCCUGGAGAACCGUCUAAGGUGCUGUGUGUGAAGAACCUGAGUGCACAGGCAUCUGCCGCCCAACUGGUGGCGCUCUUCUCCAGGUUUGAGGUGGAGGGCGGCCCGCCGAUUGUCUACCGCCUGCUGACGGGCAGGUUGAAGGGUCAGGCCUUCAUCACUCUGCAAGACACAGAAACAGCCCAGAAAGCCUUGCAGUUGGUCCAUGGUUACCGGUUGCUAGGGAAACCUGUGGUGGUCGAGUUUGGCCGUGAGCGAAGAGAAGAGCAGAAACACAAGGAGGAGGAAGUGGAGGAGGAGCAGGACCAGAAGAAACAAAGAGAGAGCAGAACAGUUCUCCCAGCCUCGUGAACAACUCUCACAGAGGGAUUGAUCAGUGUUAUUUCUGUCUUAAGUUACAAUCUCUGGACAUUUUCAAAUAAAUAAAUCCAUUUUGCUCCUCUC